CCACGACUACUUACUCCUGUAUAAAAACUCCCAGAGCAGAAAUAUGAUCACAUACUAAUUGAUUCUAGCCUCCUCACUGAUCUUAUCUAGAAUAGGGGAUAGAUAAUGGAAUUGCUUUUCCUUGUUCUGCUCUCUCUGCACAUUGCCAAGACAGCAACAGAAGGUGAGAAAGAAUGGUGCUACCUAUCACAACACUGCACUCACCCCAGCUGUGUAGAACCCCGUCUCUGGAAUACAGUAAAUGAGGAGUGUGGAAAAGAGGAACAGUCACCUAUCAAUAUUGUCACCAACAAAGUGGAGUACAAAGGGGACCUGAAACCAUUUACUUUUGAAGGCUAUAAUACCAAUCAGUCCUCUGAUUGGAUCAUAGUAAAUAAUGGGCAUACGGUUAAAGUUUCUCUUAGCGGAUCAGCAAAGAUUGGAGGUGGAGGUCUUCAAAAUAAAUACAAGGCUAUCGAGUUUCACUUCCACUGGGGCACUAAGCUAAGCAAAGGGUACAGCCCUGGUUCGGAACACAGCAUCGAUGGAGACAGAUAUGCUAUGGAGCUUCAUAUAGUGCACAUGAAAGAGGAUUUCUCCUCUACAGAGCAGGCAGUGAAAGAUAAAGAAGGUCUGGCCGUGCUGGGGUUCUUUAUAAAGAUCGGCGCAAAAAAUGAAAAGUAUGAAUCUCUAAUAGAGAUAUUAAAGGAAGUUGCUAUCAAAGGAUCUCAAAAAAAGAUGUUGUCUUUGCCCCUGGAAUCGCUCAUUCCAGCUAAAGAGAAUCUCACACGCUAUUAUCGGUACAGUGGCUCCCUGACCACUCCCAACUGCCACCAGGCUGUCGUCUGGACAAUAUUUCAGGAGCCAAUCAUACUGAGUGAAAGUCAGAAAAAUAACACUAUUUUUGGAUGAUGGUGUGCAGGUGGUGAACUUCUUGGAAAAGCUUUACUUCAGUGAGAAUAAAACAUUACACAUGACCGAAAAUUUCCGACCUGUUCAACCUCUCAGUGACAGAAUCGUGUACCGCUCUGAUGUCAGUGUUGUACAGCCUCCUGCAAAGGCUUUAUUGAUGAUCCCAACACUUAUCUACCUCAUGAGUCGUCUUUUCCAGUGAACACUACCAGGUUUCUGGGUUUUAAUUUUUUGUUUUAAGCACUUCUCUCCAGUUGAGAAGCUCUAGACUACAGCUGAUUGUACAACAUAGCCUUGGUGUUUUUUCUCACACUUACCAAUAGGAAUUUAUAUAAAUAAAUACAAUAAAACUGUCGAUUAAUCAGAGUUAACUCACAUGAUUAACUAAAAAAAAUGUAUCGCGAUUAAUUGCAGUUUUAAUUGCACUGUUAAACAAUAAAACACCAAUUGAAAUUUAUACAUAUUUUUGGAUGUUUUUCUACAUUUUCAACUAUAUUGAUUUCAAUUACAACAUAGAAUAUAAAGUGUACAGCGUUCACUUUAUAUUUUUAUUACAAAUAUAUGCAAUAUAAAAAUGAUAAACAAAAGAAAUAGUAUUUUUCAAUUCAUCACAUACAAGUACUGUAGUGCAAUCUCUUUAUUGUGAAAGUGCAAUUUACAAAUGUAGAUUUUUUUUGUUACAUAACUGCACUCAAAAACAAAACAAUGCAAAACUUCACAGCCUACAAGUCCACUCAGUCCUACUUCUUGUUCAGCCAAUCGCUAAGACAAACCAGUUUGUUUACAUAUAUGGGAGAUAAUGCUGCCCACUUUUUAUUUACAAUGUCACCUGAAAGUGAGAACAGGCUUUCGCAUGACACUUUUGUAGAGGUGUUGCAAGGUAUUUACGUGCCAGAUAUGCUAAACGUUCGUAUGCCCCUUCAUGCUUCAGUCACUGUUCCAGAGGACAUGCUUCCAUGCUGAUGACGCUCAUUAAAAAAUAAUGCAUGAAUUAAAUUUGUGACUGAACUCCUUGGGGGAGUAUUGUAUGUCUGCUGCUCUGUGUUUUACCCACAUUUUGCCGUAUAUUUCAUGAUAUAGCAGUCUCCGAUGGUAACCCAACACUCGUUCAUUUUAAGAACACUUUCACUGCAGAGCUGACAAAACACAAAGAAGGUACCAAUGUGAGAUUUCUAAAGAUUGCUACAGCACUUGACCCAAGGUUUAAGAAUCUGAAGUGCCUUCCAAAAUCUAAGAGGAUUGAGCUGUGGAGCACGCUUUCAGAAGUCUUAAAAGAGCAGUACCGUCAUGCAGAAACUACAGAACCUGAACCACCAAAAAAAGAAAAUCAGCAUUCUUUUGGCAGCAUCUGACUCAGAUGAUGAAAAUGAACAUGCAUCGGUCCAUACUGCUUUGGAUCGUUAUCGAGCACAGCCCGUCAUCAGCAUGGAAGCAUGUCCUCUGGAACGGUGGUUGAAACAUGAAGGGACAUAUGAAGCUUAAGCACAUCCGGCAUGCAAAUAUCUUACAAUUCCGGCUACAACUGUGCCAUAUGAACGUCUGUUCUCACUUUUAAGUGACAUUGUAAACAGGAAGCAGGCAGCAUUAUCUCCCGCAAAUGUGAACAAACUUGUUUGUCUGAAUGAAGUAGGACUGAGUGGACUUGUAGGCUCUAACAUUGUACAUUGUUUUAUUUUUUAAUGCAGUUAUUUUUUGUACAAAAUUCUACAUUUGUAAGUUCAAUUUUCAUGAUAAAGAGAUUGCACUACAGUACUUGUAUUAGGUGAAUUGAAAAAUACUAUUUCUAUUUUUUUUACAGUGCAAAUAUUUGUAAUAAAAAUAAAUAUAAAGUGAGCACUGUACACUUUGUAUUCUGCAUUCAAUUUGAAAUCAAUAUAUAUGAAAAUGUAGAAAACAUCCAAAAUAUUUAAAUAAAUUAUAUUCUAUUAUUGUUUAACAGCGUGAUUAAUUUUUAUAUAUAGGGGCUGUCAAGCGAUUAAAAAAAUUAAUCAUGAUUAAUUUCAGGGAACAUCCUCAACGCUCAUAAUAAAUAUAAUACAAAGCUAUAGAGAAGCCCUUUUUAAAAUCACUAAAGACUUUUCUUUUUAAAGCAAUAAAAUGUAUUAAUUGCAACCCUGUAAUUUUAAAGCAACACUGCAAGUGUGUUUAAUGAACCAUCCAGAGGACUUGUAGGAAUCUGUAGUCGGAGUGUGCCAAAGUGAGGUUCUAAAUGCAAUAUAUUUAUAUACUGCACCACAAAUCAGGGACAUGAAACUGCUUUGGUCACUCAUAACGUCCACUAUGUCCUCCAACACUAAGGCACAAUACAACCUGUUUUAAAAAAACAUCAAUCAAUCAAUCAAUCAGUAAGCAAUACAGGGCUCAUCCUAUGUAUUGCAGGAUACAUGGCACGCUUCACCCAGAAGGGAACAUUUUCUUGCUUCUCUCUCCUUAAGGUUAAUUUUAAAGAAGGGUUUGAUUAUUUUUUAAAUCUACUGCUCUUGGGUUUUAGGAACAUAGGAGUCACUAUACUGGUCAGACUGUUAGUCCAAUCUAGUCCAGCAUCCUGCCUCUGGCAGUAGCCAGUCUCAGAUGCUACAGAGGAAAAGGAAAGCUCCACCCAAUACAUCUAGCUUCACACACAUGGAAAAUUCCUUCCUGAAUCCCACUAGAGGCUUAAAUCUGAAGAGUGAGGUUUGAUGAUCCUUUAUUUCUCCUAUUGAAUAAUAAAAUACGAGAACUGUUCAGGUAAUGAUGUUUCCCCCUGUGGAAUUUUUCUUUGAAUUUUUUUUUCAGGUUUAAUGAAAACCCUCCAAUUUGUGAACAUUUCCAUUUUGUUGAAAAAACAAAUGUUCUGAUGAAAAGAUUUUUACCAGCUCUAUAAAAUACUCCCACACUUGUAUGAUAGGUAAGACCCAUACAUAUAUAAAGGGGGUUGUUCUGUGAUUUGGGUUGAUAUCUUCAGAGCUUAUCCAAUCACACACUGGAAAUACACUGUGAAGAUGGGUUUCUCCUGUUAAAUUCUCAUCACCUCAAGAUGCAGAGAGAUGCAGUGUCUCAGCUGAUUUAAUCCUUUGAGCCAAUGUAAUGCAUCAUGUUGCAGCCUCUUGUGAAUUUUAAAUCUUGGCCAUCUCAAAAAGGGAUUUUAAAUUGGGAGCGCAGAGUUAUGCCUUUUUCUUUAGGACUAUGUUUCUAUACAGGACACUAUAUCAUCACAUCCAUUUAGUCACUCAUAUGAGAGCUGUACAAGGGUGCCUGGACACAUUUUACUGAGGGCAAAUGGCAGGGUGGGAAAUUUUCUUCUCUACUGUAUCUAUUUAAGUUGAUUAUGAAGACUUGAAAACCACAAUGGAAAAGCAGAUUGAUAUUUAUACCUUUAGGAGAAUAUCCAAGACUGUAAUUGUAUUUUUAUAUCGUUUAGGAGAUUUCGAGAACUGAAUAAAAAUAAAAGCUUGUGAUUGAA